GGGGUGAGGCCUGGCGGGGGAGCGGGCGGUGGGGUCAGAGGAGCGGAGACGCAGCUGCGGGAGCGGCCCAACCCCUUCACCGCCCUCUGUCCGAUCGGGCUGGGGCCGGGGGAGGGCGGCCCUUUUCUCCCCCCCUGCCACCGCUUGUGGGCACUGAGGGACGGUUGGGGCUGGAGGGCGUGUGAGGCGCCGGGGAGGAGGCGGGCAGUGAAGGGCCCGGAGGCUCCGGAGUCUGUGAGGUCCGGGCAGUGGGGCGUGCAGGAGGCACCGGGCCGGGCCCGGGCCGGCCAGGGCAGCGGGGCCAGUCCCCAGGGAGAGGCCCGGCAGGGUGUGGGGGAGGGGUGGCCAGGCCCUGGCGCUGGCUGCCUGGGGCAGGGGCCGGGGCUCCUUCUGUGCCGGGGUCUGUCCCGGCACCCUCAGCCCUCCGCGCAUGUUUGAUGAGUGAGUGAGCCGUGGUAUGGGUGGGGAGGAAGGGGUUAGUGGUGCAGCGGCUGUUUGGCUAGUUGGCCAAGGGCUGGGAUGAAGGAAAUUCCCAGGCCGCUGCUGCAGCCACAGGAGGCCCAGGUGUGUGUGUGUGUGUGUAUGUGUGUGGCGGGCUUCGUGGGUCAAGCGUGUCCACUCAGUGGCGGCGGACACGGGGUGUGUGUGUGAGGGGGGAGCAGCAGCUCACGGAAGUGUGGAGGCAGGGGCAUAAUAGGCCGAUGACCCUCCCGAGGCACCUACCUACUCGACGCGGCCGAGCUCAGUGGUUGGGGGCCCUGGAUGUGGCGGCAGGGACUCCUGGGAGGUGGGUGCUGGGUGGGGCAGCACUGCAGUGAGGGCAGGGGUGGAGGUGCCGACUUGGAAGGGGACCUCCUUCCCCAGGCAGUGGGGGCUGCGGUAUCACCAGGGGCAGGCUGGGCACUGGCUCCACAGUCACACGUGACAUUAAAUUUUAUGUCCUUGUCUAGACAGGGCAGUAAACAGAGCCCUGGGGCCAGGGGUGCUGUGGGAGGGACAGGAGGGAUGGGGAGACUGGCUGGGAGUGAGCCUGCAAGUGACUUUCUGGUGGGUGAGGGCGCAGGGCCUCCAUCAUCCCCCAGGUGUGAACGGGCACAGGUGUGGGGACCCGCAGCCUGCGGCGGAACUCUGACCAGCACAGCCAUGACAACCAGUGCCAGGGGUGUGAGAGGGGUGCAGGGGGCCGUGGAACCCAAAGCAGGCCCAGGUGGGCGUUAGCGGAGGGAAGGCUUCCUGAGAUUGCCCCCAAGGGCAGGGGGGAGGGAGUGGCAGGGGGACCACCUCAUGGUGAGCGGGGCGGCGUGGGUGAGCUGGCGCCGGGGCUGGGGGAAUGUACACGGCAGGAGACGCAGCCAGGGCAGUAGGGAGCCACGAUGGGAGCAGGGCAGAGACUGGUCCACACGCCCUGUGAACGGUGGACCGGAGGGGAGACUGAGUCUGCCGAGGCAGGGAGGGAAGAUGCAGGGGCUGCGAGGCAGGGGUUGGGAAACACGGAGAGGCUUUUGGGAUGGAAUCCGCAGGCCUGGAUGACUCUCAGUCCUGGAUCGGGAAACCUGUCCAGAGCUCCGGCUCCUCCGGCCUUCCCUGAGCGCGCAGAGCGGAGAGCGCAGGCCCGCCUCCCGCCCAGCGCGGCGCCGGGAGCGAGGACGCCCGAGCUCCCGCGGGAACGGCCACGGGACGGAACCCCGGGCCUGCGGUGCAGGCCGCCAGAGCCGGAGGGACGGCGGCGUGGGCCCAGCAGGGACAAACCUCCGGGUCCCCCGCGCGCGCAGCGGGGAGAAGCCACUUCCGUUCCGUUUCCUCCCCGGCGGUGGCGGGAACGAGGUCUCGGGUCUCAGGUGGGGCUGCGGCGCCCCCUGGAGGCCCCGCUCUGGCUCGCGGCCCCCCGUGCGCACAUCGGCGCGUGCGUGCGGCCGAGGCCCGGGGCCCCGAGUGGGGACAGCGCCCCUCGCGGGAAGCACGUCGCCGGGGUGGGAGAGGCCGCCCCCUCCGCAUCCUGACUCUGUCUGCUCUGAUCUCCUCAGAUUCUGAGCUCGCCAGCCGGGAGCAGCGGCGCCCUCGGGGCGGCUGGACAGGCCCCGCGCCAUGCCCGAGGGCUGAGCGCCGCCGCCGCCGCCGCCGCCGCCGCCGCCGCCGCCGCCGCCGCAGGGCCUCGUCCCGCCUAGCGCGGGGCUGCGCGCGCCCAGGUCGGGGCCCCGGCGGCCGACCAUGGUGCUGCCGCCCCCGGACCGGCGCCACGUGUGCCUGACCACGCUGGUGAUCAUGGGCAGCAUGGCGGUCAUGGACGCGUACCUGGUGGAGCAGAACCAGGGCCCGCGCAAGAUCGGCGUGUGCAUCAUCGUGUUGGUGGGCGACGUGUGCUUCCUGCUGGUGUUGCGCUACGUGGCCGUGUGGGUAGGCGCCGAGGUGCGCACGGCCAAGCGCGGCUACGCCAUGAUUCUCUGGUUCCUCUACAUCUUCGUGCUGGAGAUCAAGCUCUACUUCAUCUUCCAGAACUACAAGGCGGCGCGGCGCGGCGCGGCCGACCCGCUGGCGCGCAAGGCGCUGACGCUGCUGCUGUCGGUGUGCGUGCCCGGCCUCUUCCUGCUGCUCGUGGCGCUCGACCGCAUGGAGUACGUGCGCACCUUCCGGAAGCGCGAGGACCUGCGCGGCCGCCUCUUCUGGGUGGCGCUGGACCUGCUGGACCUGUUGGACAUGCAGGCCAACCUGUGGGAGCCGCCGCGCACCGCGCUGCCGCUCUGGGCCGAGGGCCUCACCUUCUUCUACUGCUACAUGCUGCUGCUGGUUCUGCCGUGCGUGGCGCUCAGUGAGGUCAGCAUGCAGGGCGAGCACAUCGCGCCUCAGAGGAUGAUGCUCUACCCGGUGCUCAGCCUCGCCACCGUCAACGUGGUGGCCGUGCUGGCGCGCGCCGCCAACAUGGCUCUCUUCCGCGACAGCCGCGUCUCGGCCAUCUUCGUGGGCAAGAACGUGGUGGCGCUCGCCACCAAGGCCUGCACCUUUCUGGAGUACCGCCGCCAGGUUACUGCCACUGUGAGCCGUGCUGCUGUGACUGCUCCUGUGUGUGCAUCUCUCAUAUGUGCAAAGGAGUUUCCCUGGGGUAUGUACUAAGGAAUAAAACUGCUGGGACACAGGUAAGGGGCUGUAAACCUUCUCCAGGUGGUGCCACACGGUUUUCCAACAGGGCUGAGUCGAGUAAGCCCUGCAGCAUCUCCCACGCUUGGUGCUUUUGCAUCCAGCGUGGCUGUUAACGUUUUCACAUCAGCCUGAUCCCUGCUUCUUUGUCUGCGAUCUUUGCUUUUUCUCUGCAAGUUUGUAGAGUUGGUCUUUGAUAGUCUUGAAUUCCCUGCGACGUGUCCAAGUGUGGAGUCCUGCAUCUCACCCUCAUCUUCCUAAGUCCUGGGGACCGAGGGGAGGUGUCAGGUUUGGGAAAGCCAUUGCCACUAACUCUGCUGGCUGAAGCAUCUGUUGGUUUUGGGUGUAGAUGGUUUGUUGGAACCUCACAGGCAAUUGUGUCACUUUGCUGUACUUCUGUCACCUUUGCCGUGCACAUUUUCAUGCUAACUUGGUAACAGGUUUGGUUUUCCUGGUUCCUUUGUUACCGUGUUUCUCUUUAUCACUAGUCAUCCUUUUUGACUUAGUUCCAUUCUGCCUGAUAGAAUUGUGCCACCAGCUUUGCUUUGGUUUGUGUUUUUAUGGUGUAUGUUUUCCCACCCUUUAUUCUCAAACCCUCUGCUGUGGACUGAAUGUCUGUGUCCCACCCCCUCCCCCCA